GUUUUUCCCAGCCUUUUACUUGAAACUGGCAUAAAGUUCCAACUAUUGCCAUACUAUUCAAAAAAACAGUUUUGAGCUGUGGCUACGAUUUAACCCUUUUAGAAAUAACCAUAAAUAAUAUUCUAUCGACUGCUAGUGUUCGCUCUGCUUACGCGACUAAUAUUUACUUAAAUUAGGAUCCUAUUUAUUAAGCCGUUUCAAACGAUCAAUAAAAUUAUAUUAAGUUACUUUUUAUUGUACAAAGCAACAACAACACACACAUAUGUUUUACAAGGUUUCUGCUAACGAUUAAAACAAAAAUAAUGAAAAGCAAAAAAAUUUAUGUAACUUGUUUAUUUUUCUUUUGUCUAAGCAAUAUUUAUUAUGUGUCUACCGAGCCAAUUUCCAUAAUAGCAGGGUCCUCAAUACUCAUUGGUACAUUUUUUGGAUGGGAUGCAAUAAAGUCGAACACAAUUUGUCAUUUCACGGAAUGCUGCGAUAAAAAAUACGUACCAUAUGAUAUAGACAAACUGAAAGAAUUACUAUCACAGAAAAUGUUUGGUCAACCUCUUGUAACUGAGUUAAUAAACAUUUUGAGUGCUCAUAAAGAAGCUUUACAUCAUGACACUAAAAGAAACAAGAAAGCUCUUGUAAUAAGUUUGCAUGGUUGGUCUGGGGUGGGAAAAAACUAUGCUACAAGUAUGAUAGCAGACUCCUUGUUCAUUAAGGGAAUGGAGAGCAAAUUUGUAAAAAUGUUUAUGGGAAAAAAAGAUUUUGAUUGUACUAAAAUACAUGAGACGCAGAUGAAACUGAUCCAUGAUGUCAAAAUGAUUGUUAAAGAUUGUCCAACUUCAUUAAUUAUAUUUGAUGAAAUCCAUGAAAUGUGUCCAACUAUUCUUGAUGCAAUUAAACCCAUGUUAGAUCAUCACCAUGCAGUAGAUGGAAUAGAUUUUAGGGAUAGUAUUUUUGUUUUUAUUUCCAAUAUUGGUGGAAAAGAAAUAUCUAGUAAGCUCUUGGAAUUGUAUAAUGAAGGUUUAAAAAGAAAUGAAGUAGAUUUUCAAAACUUUGAACCAAUUAUAAGAAGAACAGCAUACAGUACAGGUGGUUUUGAAAAAUCGGCUACCAUAGCUCAAAAUUUAAUAGAUCACUACAUACCAUUUUUACCCCUAGAACAACAACAUGUUGAAACAUGUGCAUUAGCUGAAUUUAGAGCUCAUGGGAUAUAUCACCCAACAGAAGAAAUGAUGGUAGAUGCUUUGUCAGUUAUUACAUAUGGACCUACAGAGGAUCAGCCCAUUUUUGCAAAUAAUGGUUGUAAACGAUUUACAAAACAAAUUCCAUAUGUAAUACAGAAACACAAAGUCAAGAGUGAUUUAUGAAUGGUUAAAAACCACUUACUAAUGUCUAAUUAUUAUUUUAAAAAUAACGGCUUAUAAAGCUAAUAAUAAUGUCUCAAUAAUUUGAAAUGGCAACUGAGUACCUGUACCUGGAUUUAUAAUUUUAAAAUUCUUGUUUCUGUUGUCUAUUUGAUAUAAAUACAGAUCCAAGAGUAUGGAAGAUGGACAGCUUAUAAUAGAUACAAAGAAUCUCUUCUAAUUACCAAUGUCAUAUGAUAUCAUACAUGAAUAUAUAUUCUUCAACCCUAACCAAGAUACAUGGGUAUAUAUACAUACAAGCUACUGUAAAAUACCUAAUCAAAAGCAACCAUUGUACUUGUGACUAGUUGAGAUUGAUAUCAGUUCAUAAUAUGUAUCUGCUUUUGAGAAUUGAAUUACAAGUAACAAAUUGUUGUUACCAACCAUCUCACUUAUCAACCCAGAAACACUCCUACAGAAAAAGAAUAAUUUGCUUGUUAGUAAAUAUAUUUAAUUGUCAUUUUAACAUUGAACUAAGCUGUAUAAUAUGAUAGCAUAGUAAAGCACUAACACACACAGAUAUGAAGAAAAUUGUCAGGGUAGCUUAAAUGUUCCGAUAGCCACUGCAGUGGUGUGUCAAGUGGGAUAGUGAUGCCAUGUGUCCUUAAUUUAACUGAAAAAUCACAUUUUUUAAAUCUUAAUCUAAGGUGUAUUUUUUAUCAUCAAUAUAGACUUAAAAUUUUCAAAA